CCGCCAUGUCAUUUUCUGUCAUCCGCAGAGCUGCAGGGCUUAACCUGCGCGGCACCGCCCUUCGUGCACGUCCCCAUGGCGCCCCUCCUCCAAAGUCGGGCAGUAACACUUUCCUCUACAGCGUUAUCGGUGCUGCUGCUCUUGCUGGUGCUGGAUAUUACGUCUAUACAUCCCAAGACGAUACUGCACGAAGCGCCAAAUCAACGUUGAAAGAAGGUUCACAAAUUGCCAAGUCGCUGGCCAACUACGUCCCUACGAAGGAGGAUUAUCAAAAGGUUUACAACAAGGUUGCUCACAUUCUUGAUGUUGAUGAUUACGAUGAUGGAAGCUUUGGACCUGUCCUUGUUCGUUUGGCCUGGCACGCUAGUGGCACGUACGACAAAGAUACUAAGACUGGCGGAAGCAAUUAUGCUACCAUGCGCUUCGAGCCGGAAUCCCUGCAUGCUGCCAACAACGGUUUGGAUGUAGCCCGUAAAGUUUUAGAGCCUAUCAAGCAAGAGUUCCCUUGGAUUUCUUAUGGUGAUCUUUGGACCUUGGCUGGUGUUGCUGCUGUUCAGGAAAUGCAAGGGCCUCAUAUCCCCUGGAGACCUGGACGGGUUGAUGGCUUCACGAAGGAUUCUCCUCCUGAUGGACGCCUCCCGGAUGCAUCGAAGAGCCAGGAUCACAUCCGUGCUAUCUUCUACCGAAUGGGCUUCAACGAUCAGGAGAUCGUUGCUCUUAUUGGUGCUCACGCUUUGGGACGCUGCCAUCCGAAUCGCUCAGAGUUUGAGGGUCCUUGGACUUUCUCACCUACAACUUUCACUAAUGACUUUUUCACCCUCUUGGCCAACGAGAAAUGGCAGUGGCGCAAGUGGAGCGGACCUAAGCAGUACGAAGACUCGAAAACGAAGACGCUCAUGAUGUUGCCUACGGACUACGCUCUCAUCCAAGACAAGAAGUUCCGCGAGUGGGUGUACAAGUAUGCCAAGAGCCAAGACGAAUUCUUCAAGGACUUCUCCAAGGCGUUUGCGACUCUCCUUGAGCUCGGUGUUCCUACUGCUCAAUUCACAACCUCAGAGCCAUGGAUUUUGAAGACGCUGGACGAACAAAAGAGUGGCUGAGCAAUGCAACCAAGCAGUCAAAUGUUGUUACCGCACGGCUGGCGAAUACUAAAGUGGAUCUGCU